CUGCAGCAUUGUGCGAGAAAAAGAACCGCGGGAACGCUCUCUAGAGUUUGUAGGUAAACAGAAUAGCAACAGCUGCUGAGAGCCAACCUGACGUGCGACGUAUUCCUGAGAUUGUGACCUCGUUUUCUCAAGACGCGAGGUCUGAGCAAGCCACAUUCAGGUGGUGUCGCGACAGCCCGAGCUGAGGUCCUCAGGAGAUUACGUGACCAUUACCAGCAACACUCCUUUCAACGCAAAUUCCAGCCUGCUGGACGUUAUGCAUAAUCCACGUACGUCCCACCCCGCCAUGAUGGCGCCAUGCGGAAUUUUUUUGGAAAAACGGGGCCCUACAUGUACGGGCUCUUUACACUUCGAACAGUCGGCUGCAGGACUACUUAAUGCAAGCUGCGGGGCAGAGAAAUUAUAACAAGCGACCACUACAUCUACUGUAUAUAAGACCUUGCGCCUCUGCUAAGCUAUUUUGUGGGCACCUGCAAGGGCGCCUCGUGAUCUCCGGACUUUAAAUUAAGCCUCCAGCAACCAUGCGUGAGAUCGUCCACAUUCAGGGUGGCCAGUGCGGCAACCAGAUUGGUGCCAAGUUCUGGGAGGUUGUCUCUGAUGAGCACGGCAUUGACCCCACCGGCACCUACCAUGGCGACUCCGACCUCCAGUUGGAGCGCAUCAACGUCUACUUCAACGAGGCAACUGGCGGCCGCUAUGUGCCUCGUGCCAUCCUGAUGGAUUUGGAGCCCGGUACCAUGGACUCCGUGCGCUCGGGCCCUUAUGGCCAGAUCUUCCGUCCAGACAACUUCGUCUUCGGUCAGACUGGCGCCGGCAACAACUGGGCCAAGGGCCACUACACUGAGGGUGCUGAGCUCAUCGACUCCGUCCUGGAUGUUGUUCGCAAGGAGGCUGAGAGCUGCGAUUGCCUUCAGGGCUUCCAGGUGUGCCACUCUCUGGGUGGCGGCACCGGCUCCGGCAUGGGCACCCUGCUGAUUAGCAAGAUCCGUGAGGAGUACCCUGACCGCAUGAUGCUCACGUUCUCGGUCGUCCCGUCGCCCAAGGUGUCAGAUACCGUCGUUGAGCCCUACAACGCCACCCUGUCUGUCCACCAGCUGGUUGAGAACGCCGACGAGUGCAUGGUGCUCGACAACGAGGCCCUGUACGAUAUCUGCUUCCGCACACUGAAGCUGACUACUCCCACCUUCGGUGACCUGAACCACCUCAUCUCGGCAGUCAUGUCUGGUAUCACCUGCUGCCUCCGCUUCCCUGGCCAGCUGAACGCUGACCUGCGCAAGCUGGCGGUGAACCUUAUUCCAUUCCCCCGCCUGCACUUCUUCAUGGUUGGCUUCACCCCGCUUACUAGCCGUGGCAGCCAGCAGUACCGCGCCCUGACCGUCCCUGAGCUGACCCAGCAAAUGUGGGAUGCCAAGAACAUGAUGUGCGCCGCUGAUCCUCGCCAUGGCCGCUACCUGACGGCCUCCGCUCUAUUCCGCGGACGCAUGAGCACCAAGGAGGUGGACGAGCAGAUGCUGAAUGUGCAGAACAAGAACUCGUCCUACUUCGUCGAGUGGAUUCCGAACAACGUCAAGUCUUCGGUUUGCGACAUCCCACCCAAGGGCCUCAAGAUGUCGGCGACGUUCAUUGGCAACUCCACGGCCAUCCAGGAGAUGUUCAAGCGCGUGUCCGAGCAGUUCACUGCUAUGUUCCGGCGAAAGGCUUUCCUUCACUGGUACACCGGCGAGGGCAUGGAUGAGAUGGAGUUCACUGAGGCUGAGUCGAACAUGAACGAUCUGGUAUCUGAGUACCAGCAGUACCAGGAUGCCUCGGCCGAGGAGGAGGGCGAGUUCGAGGGCGAGGAGGAGGAGAACUAGAUUUGCGGACUAACUUCUACUCGGUUGCUUUUGACGAUUGACAUGACAGGAAGGCAUGACUAUUCACAUCUAACUUGACUUGCUGAACUGUCUGUAGUAGCAUGUACAGUAUGUGGACGCAACGUACUGAGUUGUCUGGGGGUCUGGAUUGUCGUGUGCAUUUAGCUGUUCUUCCUCGCGUUGAAAGAGGAGCUGAACUUCUUUCCACGUGCUCAGGCGGAAGGAGUUUUGCCUCUGAACGUAAAGUACGUUGAGGGUUUGGAUACACUCUUUCGGUGCCGGCAGAACGCCAUGUUGCCGUGACAUCCUGAUGUAUUGUAACGAACAAUUGGAUUAAUCGUGGAAAUUGAAUCCCUGCUCCCUGUGGACUGGUAUCUGAUAGUUAACAAAUAGAUUAAAUACACAUUGACGCGUAAGGGUAGUACACAGCCGCUAUAACAACACUAGCUUGAUGUGAUGGGCUCUAUACCAGCUGGACGUUACAUGUGACGCUGAGUGUUAGAGUUGACACCUAAAACAAAAGUUCGUCUUGGUAGUGUACGGAACCCGAAUCACG